AUUCUCCCUUAAAUCAAAUUACGGCAAAUUAAUAAACUAAUUUUAUUAUUUCUUUUAGUUUUUUUCUUUUUAUUUUUUAUUUUGAGGGGGACAAUCUCACAAAUCUACAUUAUAUCAAUGGCAUCACUAGUAGCUCCUACGGUCCGUUCUACCGCAGUUGCCCUUCUUAUGAUAGCUUAUGUUAUCGGGUUUAUUGAAAGUCACAACUCUAUGGUUUAUGGCCAGUCAUGCGACGGUUAUAGGCCCGAUAUGACGGGUCUAACUAGCUAUUGUAACAUGUACGUGAGAAAAGACGGCCCUAGUAUCCAGCCCUCCGAAGAUUGUUGUCGUGUGAUAAGGAAUGCUAAUAUGCAUUGCUUAUGCAAGUAUGCUACCAAAAGUUUAGAAAGUAUUAUUAGCAUUCCUAAAGCCGUUUAUGUUGCUCAAUAUUGUGGUGUUGUCCUUCAAAGUGGAGCAAAAUGUGGAAGCUACACAGUUCCAAAUACACCAUGAACGCAAUUCAAUUGUGGUGUUACAAUAUAACCGGUUGUAUCUUGUAUGUUAUGUAUGCACUAUGAUGCUACUAAUCACAUACGAGAAUAAUGCAUUAUGAUGCCAGAAUGUAAAUGGGAUGUUAUAAUCUUUGUAUUUGAUAAAUAUUGAACUCCAUCAAAAGUUUAUUAGUAAAGUGAUCAUCUAAUUAAUUGGAAAUUUGCCAAUAAAUUUUUGUACUUAAUUUUGAAUAAAAAAUUAUUGUUCAUAAACAAAUUGCAUCAUUUGCAUGUGUC